AUUUCCUUUUUUGCAUCAAUGCACUUUUCUGACCUCCGCGCCCCCCCCCCAUAGCUAACAAGCUAUGGCAUUUUCCUUGAUAGAAAAUUUGUUAUUUUAAAAUACUGACAUGAUUAACGCGCAGAUCGAUCAAUUAUUUAUGUCACUUACAUUUUGAUUAUAGACAAUAGUGACGUCAAAUCAUUCUCCAUCUAUUGCCUCGAUUCUUACAACAAUGAUCAGAAUACUAAUAAUAAUAUUACUUAAACAAACAUAUGUAAGCUUUAUAAAUGGAUUUAAUUUUUAUCGUAAAUUAUGUCACUUAUUAAAUGGAUGGGAUGGCAAUGUUGUAUUUGGGAAUAUCUAAACGUCCUUUCUCAAUGCAACCCAUCGCUUUAAUUCACUGUUGGAAGAAAGGACAUUAAGAACAACUAUUUUCCAAGAAUUGUUCUUUUCUUUUAAAUUAAAUUCACAUUGCAUAUAUCUGUACGUGUAUGACUAUCGAAUUUAAACAAAAAUUACAUUAAGGAUACUAUUAACAAUAAAAAAAAUGCCUAAACUUUAUUAUUUUGUUAAAUUCACUUUUUAAACCGGACAUCCGACGUGACCACAUUGUAUAGCCUUUGGUGUGGUGAAACUCUCUCUUAGGGCAAUCUGAGGAAAUGCGAUUAAUUUCUAACAGCCAUUAGAAAAGGAGACAUGAUUUGUUUCAAAAAGUUACAGCAUGACAUAUAUAUGUAGUGAUGCAUUUUGUUGGGGAUUCCGUUAGACCAUUUUUUUUAAAAACACGUCACUAGCAGGGGAAGGCUUCAUUAAGGAAUCUCAUUUAUUGUUUCUGUGUUAUACGGCACUCGGCACUCGUAUAUAUUAUUGGUAAUAUUCAUUUUUUUCCCCUUCAGUUAAAUUCAUCUUAUGAUAUAAACAUAUAUGUUCUAGUGUACGACACCUUCCGAAUAGUCAGUCAACCGAGAUACCGUUGCGCAUGACUGGUUCCUUAGGCUUUCGGUGUGCACUGCGUGUCGCCAAGCAGUUCUCAACUCCUUAAGAACCGUGCUUUUUUGUAUUAUGUACAGAAUACUAUGUCAUCACUUAAUGUUUUAACUAAAACCAUUAAACAAUCUCUUACCAUACUCUAUUUGUAAAUAAUGACUUCUAUCUUUUACAUUGAGGCCAUGACUCGUAUAACAUGUUUGCAAGGAGGGCUUUUACUCUUCGGCCUGGCCUACACGAGUGUCACUAGCCAACCGUGUAAGAGUUUAUGUAUUUUAGAUUAGUUUUACCCAUUCGAGGCUUAAGAGAUAUAUAAUUUACUUUCCAUCAGAUACUCAUCCGUAUCCUACGAUUUACAACUCUUAAAUAAUAUUUGAACAAAAGAAUUUUAGAUAAAUGAGUUCAUCAUCCUUAACAGUUUAUUUCCUUAACAUUACAGGGCCCUGUCAAUGGAAGGACUCAGUAUACGCCGAGGGCUCAUGCUUUCUCUACUACGCUGUUCCAAUGGCGUAUUCCACAGCAACGGUUAACACGAUUUAAAAACCUUUAUGAAAUUAUCCGGAUACAUACCAUUAUGAUUUAAUUGUUAAUACAAGGAUGUAAUUUAAAAAAUGACGAAGUGUCGUUUAAUAUCAUAAUGAAGUUUGUUCAAACGGAUUUUUUUUCAAACUAAUGUUUAUUUAACGGAUUUUUUAAAUUAUUUUUCUUUAAUGUUCGAUAAACGUUCGAUUAAAAAUGAGGACAAAGUAAACUUAUUUAUAACAUUUAAAAAAAAAUGUUUUCAUCAUUUCCGAUUUGACAAACUUCCACUGAAACUAAUUCCGUUCGAACUACAUUCCUUUUUACAAUACAUUUUGAAUACAUUAGUUUCAUACUAGUCCCCGCUUUCAAUGACAUGGAGUAAAAAAACAACAACACAACCUUUAAUAAAGAGAGUGUAAUUAAGUCCAUAAAAUAUUAUUAAUAUUAUAUAAUUAAUGGAUAGACUGGGUGGUAAAAUCUUCAGGUGGUCUAAAGGACAUUUUCCCCGUCUAACUAUCGAGCUGAAACUCGGUGCAUAGACUCGUUGCUGACAACACAUUAGCGCCCAACCCAAAUCCAACCCCCCCCCCCCCAAAAAAAAAACACCAAAAUUAUUUGUUUGUUUUUUUUACAGGGGAAGAUGAAGGAAAUGAUGAUUUAAAACCGAUUUCUCUCAUGUUCACAUUCUUAUAUCAACAAAACCUAUACUUAUAAUUAUUCGUAUACAUAAGUUGUGAUGUUCUUUAGAAUUUCAAUGUUUCAAGCAGAAUGAUGGGGUAAGGGCAGUUUGUUGAAAUUUAAGGUAAAAAAAUGGACCAAUUGGCCAAAACUUUGUAUUUCAUGGUUGAAUGUGUUUAAAAUGUGUACGUAUUUUGCAAAUAAAUAUGUUCUUAACAAGCUUUAAACUUUGAAGUGAACAUAUAUAUAUAUAUAUACAUAUAUAUAUAUAUAUAUAAUAAAUUUCCCUUUUACAUUGUCCAUUAGGCUUUGAAUUAUUUAAUUUAGUCUCUUCCGAAAAAACUAGAAAAUUUACAUUGUAAAUCUAUAUUUGUCUAAAGAAUAAUUGCAAAGAUCGCGGCGGAGUACUCGCUGCAUUAAGCUCAAUAAAACCAAUUGAAGAUUACUUGGGCAAAAUACCGACAGGUAAGAUUGAAAUCAUUAAGUUAAAUACCUUUGUCUUAUCCAAUACUUGAAAACAUUUCGAUAUAAUUAAUAAUACAUUUCAUUAUUUAAAUAUUUGAUACAGGGUCAUCCAAAGAGCACGCAGGCAAUAUUCCUAUAGCCCUUGAUCAUCAUUUAAGCUUCUUUAUUUAUACAAAAAGAUAAUAGUAUAUGGGGGUGAUUUUAAGAGCUCACGCUCGAUGUCCCACCGAUGCCAUCUCCAAAUUCAAAUAUAUACAGACACACAGACAGACAGAUAGAUAGACAGAUAGACAGAUAGACAGAUAGACAGACAGAUAGAUAGAUAGAUAGAUAGAUAGAUAGAUAGAUAGAUAGAUAGAUAGAUAGAUAGAUAGAUAGAUAGAUAGAUGGAUAGAUGGAUGGAUGGAUGGAUGGAUGGAUGGAUGGAUGGAUGGAUGGAUGGAUGGAUGGAUGGAUGGAUGGAUGGAUGGAUGGAUGGAUGGAUGGAUGGAUGGAUGGAUGGAUGGAUGGAUGGAUGGAUGGAUGGAUGGAUGGAUGGAUGGAUGGAUGGAUGGAUGGAUGGAUGGAUGGAUAGAUAGAUAGAUAGAUAGAUAUACACCGAGGUGCAUAAGAAGUAGGAGCGUAUUUUAUGAUUUCAAAGAAAGUUUUGUUCUUGCUAACCAUUAAAUUCUGAACAAACAAAAAAAAAAGGAUCAAAAGGAUUUUUUAUUAUUAUCCAAAAACAAAACAAGUUUAUUGUAAUUAAAUUUAAACAAUUUUAAUUUUGUUAAUCGUCUGCGUCACUGAUCAAUGAUCCUGUUAAAAACCUUUGAUAUCUUUAAACCCUAACCUCACAUUGGAGAUGACGUCGGUGGGUCGUCGAUCGCGAGCUUAUAAUUCCCCCCCCCCGCAUACUCCACACGGGCAAGACGCCGGAUGUCCACGCCACCAGACCAUGCGGAGGCACGCCGGGAACCUCCCCCCCCCCUUUGGUCUGGGCGACGUUUGGUCGACUGAAAACGCUGCGUUUAAAGCUUUCGCGGACCACUCUUCUCGGGUCUGAACUUGGGAAGGUUUUGCGUUACCUACUCGAAACGGUCGCCUAGGAGCGGCCGUCUCAGGGCCCGUAACUAAAAUCAUCGGCAAGGGUAUAUACCGCCACCCAGACCUCAUAUCCAUUAUCGGCAACAAGAAAUCAUGUUAUUGCGUUACUUCCGUUGUGUUGGGUGUCAUGCAAGUGGCCGGGGUUUUUGGCUUCGGGAGAAAAGAUUUCCCUACUAGUCCGGCACACCACGAAGAGGCAAACCCGAUGUGACACCUCCGAGUUGCGUCUGUCGUGCGGGACUCCGACAUAGAGACGUUCAGUCGCUGUCUUACCAGGUCACCCGCUAACAAAGAGCCCAUUUCACUUGCUCUAUUGUGGCACAUUUGGUGAAGGUAGACGUUGUUUUUUUUUAGAGUAUCUAAAAUUUGCAAAAUGUUCAAGUUUUAUCGUGGCUACUUAAGGGCACACAUGUCUGAUUCGAUGAAGGUUAAACUCUAUCCAUGCAGAAAGUCUGUCGCGUUUCUUGGCGUAUUGAAGGAGAUCAAAUUUUUUGCGAUGUCCAGUUAUUAAAAAAGCUGACUCGAAUAUCCAGAAACAAUCAAUGUGUUCACAACAAUACUGGCUGUUGGCUUCGUCCCCCAGUUUCCAUAAAUCACUACACUGGUUUUUUUCUCAUCUGAGACACAAGAUAGAGCUAUCUCAGAAAUUCUCCUCCAAUUUUCUGUUGCCUGUUAAGACUGUGAUUAUCAUUAUCUUGGUAGCAAAUAACUCAACAGACGCCUUGAAAAGUCACCGCUUUUCUAACUGACUUUAGGCGACCACUUCCUGGAUUUCAUGCCAUCGUAUAAUCGGCAAUAAUUAAUUAUUUUUUUUUAAUUUAUAAAAAUAUUUUAUUUAAAUAUUAGCUCGAUAAGGACUUCUUUUUCCAAUACUUAUUUCGGAAACACAGUAGUAAUUUGCGUAGCUGUCUAUUUUUUUUUUAAAUUUCCAAAUUUCCACUAAAAAAAAUAAAAUAUAUCCGAAUACAAUAUUAUGCUGUUAGUUUUGGUUAUUGCAUAAAAUCAGUAAAUGCUGAAAACGUGUUUUAAUUUAAAUUUAGCAAUCAAAAUGUAUCUAAGCCGGUAACAUCAUAAGGUAAUAAGAUAAUGUUUCAGGUUGAAUAAGCGCUAUAUAAAAAUGCCUAAAUAAAUAAAUAAAUAAAUAAAAAAUUGACCCGAAAACUAAACUUGAUAUAAUAUAGUUCAACAAAUUUCACGCGGUGGUCUCACUCUUAAUUUUUUCUCCGCCCUCAAAAUGUAUAUAUUAUUUUAUAAACAUACACAUACAUUUACACACGUGUUAAAAGUAUUGCAUUUGUUGUAACAACAGAAGCUUUGCUCCGAUGCAUUUAUUUUAACAUGGCUGCCCUAAAAUGAGGUUUAAGGCAAUUCUAGAUUAUUUAACCCUUCCCCUGCUAACGUUUUUUAUGGCUUCAUCCCCACUUAUACUUUACCCAACGAUAUUAAUGAACGGGCGCAAAUAAAUAACGACUAAUAUUCUAUUAAUAUUAGUGUACAACAUUAAAUACACAUAUAAAAAUCGUGCAUAAAAUGUUACCCUUUACACAAAUGGACACAAUAAAUACUUUUUUCUUUAAAUGUUGAAAUACCACAAGUAUAUCGAUCAAAGAAAUGUUCCACUUAAGUUCCAUCACAAAAUGAGUGCUUAAAAGGCUGAAUAUUCUGCUACUAAGUUAGCAUUGAGAAACAAUGUUGAACAUAUCAUAUAAAGCAGGGGUGUCAAACUCAAUCGUUCGGCAGGCCAAAACUAUAUUUAUAUGUAAGGUUGCGGGCCGAACGGGAUUAACAAUCAAUAAGUGGAAAAUUAUUUUUUUUAAAUUUAAUUUAUAUAAAUGAAAAAGAAACAGUUUUAAUAAUUAAAAAUCAUUAUAUCCAUUUUCUGUCUUAUGCCAAUUUGUCAGAGCUGGCUGUUUGGCACAUUUUCUUGGCUACAAAAACCAGUUCGUUUAUGUUGGGAGUAACGUUCUGUGCCAUUGAGAUUCUCAUGAUGGACUCCAAGUGUUCAUCUGUGAGACGACUCCUGUGCGAUUUUUUGUUAAUCUUCAUCACAGAAAACAGCUGCUCACACAGACAUGUGCUAUCCAACAUGCUCAAGGUUCGAGCCGCAUGUAGACGAAGCUGGGGCAUCUCUUCAGGAAUGAAACGAACGAGUGAAUUGUGCAGGCCCAACUGUCGUACUUUGCCAUUAGUGUUCCAUUACACUGCAGCUCUACUAGCUCCAUCUGCAAAUUUACAGGUGCAGUUUCCACGCCUAUAACAAAGGGGUAACGAAACAGCUCAAAAUUACUUGUCUUUUCUUUUCAAAGUCACUAAAGUGGCAUGUGAACUUUGCGCGAAGUAAGCUAAGUUUUUCAGCAAAGUGUGCAUUGGGAAACACCUUAGCGUUGACUUGGAUAUAAUUGUACGCUAGUCAAGACCUCGCCGGCCUGAUAUAAUUGUACGGCGGGCCGGAUGUGGCCUGCGGGCCUUGAGUUUGACACAUGUGAUAUAAAGUGAAACCGACGCAAUGGAAAGGAGAAUAAUUUUUAUCUAAAAUGAAUCUAGAUGAGAUAAAGUAUCCAAACUAAACUAAAACGUAUUUAUGGCUACCCGAGUACAUAAUGACGGUUUAUGGGGGAAAAUAUAUCAUAAUUUAGGUUUUUCGUGUCUUAAUAUUAAUUAGCUGUAACCAUUACACAAUUACAUUUUUGUUUGUUUAUGAAAGUUAAUCACUUGUCAGCGAUGGCAAUCCACCUGUGGACAGGUCGAAUCUAACUAGUAUUAUUUCAUGUUACGUUCCCCCCUCCCGCCAUACCAUAAACGUUUAUUAUUCUUGAUCAAAGUUAUUUCAUGAGGGGGGAGCGCAUAUCACGACUGUCCACACCUUUGACUAAUUAUAAAUUUACGGACAAUUUUCAACCGUUUUCUUUUUAAAAUGUAUUAUUUUUUUAUUGAAUCAUCUAGUGGUUAAAAACAUAAAGUUUAUUGACUUUCACAGUGAGAUUUUGUUAGUCUCUUUUAGAAGCUCUUACACAUUAGAAUUUGUUUAAAAGACAAAUGGUUCAAUGUCUCUUUUGGGGAAACAUUCUAAUGUGACAUCCUGCUCUGGUGGUAACCUAUUUUGUUUCAAACCGGAUCUGAUGCAACCUUUUCACAUCUGCUCCGAUUUCACCCUGCUCUCUCUCUCUCUCUCUCUCUCUCAUGCCACAUCGAACAACUGCAGAGUUUUUUCGCGGAAAGGAGGAGGGGUGGGAGGCGACAAACUUUUUGGCAUGCCACAGGCGGCACUAACCCUGGCUACGCCACUGCCUCUGACACCCUGGUGUUCUGGUGGCAACUUGCUCAUAUAGAGCUGAGUUCUGUUUUUUUUAAAUGUACGUAACCGAACACCAUCCGAAUCGCAAUCUUCUAUUCGAUUUGCUCUUACUCCCUUGUUAGGGUGUAAUCCGGCGCUUCUGCAUCCUUAGCAACCAGCAGCUAAAUAUCUUAUGAUUAUUUGAAUUUGGUGCAUAUGUUUGUGACUGCGCGAUUUCAGGAUCUUCUUAACUGACAUUUUAGAUUUGGUGAUAGAGCCAUUUUAAGUUGCAGAAUCUUUUUAGUUAUUUGGUGUAUGGUGCCAAAUGGAAUGUGGCUGAAAAUCUUUUAAAAGAUAUGGAUGGACUGAUGAUGUAGAGAGUCGGAUUUAUAUCAGCUUCGGGACCGUACGCUUAAACGAAAGGCCUUGAAUAGGUCUGAGUGGAAAUGAUGUGGUAAGGCGCGCCAGAGCUCUCCGCGGGGACUAGUGUCAAGGAUGAUGACAUAAUAAUAUACAUUAUUUUAGAUGACAUUAAACGUAGCUAAUAAAACUAUUUUACAAACAUUAGUAUCCAAUGGAAUAACAAAAAACAUAUUUAAAUGAAACAGGAGACGAGGUCUGGAUUGGAGCCGAUAACAAGACGGGGAGAUGGACAUGGCUGUCUACAGGCAAUGAAGCAACGGAACUAGGCAGAUUUUGGGCUGAUGGUGAACCGAGCAAGAAUCCAGAUAACAAUUGCGCUUAUAUUUCCUCCGGAAAAUUAUACAAUGGCGACUGCAGCGACGUUAAGAAAAUUUUGUGCAUGGAAAAAGGUGAGGCAUUGAUAAAGACAAUUUAACGUAGGUAUGUAUGCAUGUGUAUUAUGCAUAUGUGUUUUAUGAAUGUGUGUAUUAUGUAUGCAUGUAUUAUGUUUGUGUGUAUUAUGCACGUGUGUUUUAAAAGAAACCCAACUAACUGAUCGCAGCCAAAUGUGACAUGAUCUUACCUCCUGACUUUUGCGUUGUUUACGGAAAUUUCUUACCAAUCAAAAAAACAUUUUCUCCCAUAAAUAAUGCCUUAAAAAAAAAAAAAAAAAAAAAAAAAAAAAAAAAAACCACAAAAAAAAAAAAAUUUUCCCCAAAAAAAAAAAAAAAAAAAAAAAAAAAAAAAAAAAAAAAAAAAAAAAAACCUCGUGAACAGUGAAUUUGAAGCACUGAUAAUAUAUCAGUUAAUGAUAAAGAGUGGUGCCACCACUUAUUAUGCCAAAGGUGUGAUCGUUCCUCUGUCAAAGUAAAAUAGGAUUCCCGAUAGGAGCACGUUCCAAAAGAAGGGACAUACUGUUAACCCUAAGAUAAAUAUUCAGGUUAAAUUUUCCAAUAUACCCCAUUCAAAUCGGAUGAAAAUUACUUGAUGCUUUGCCUUCAAUUUGUUGCGCCAAAUUUCCAAGGCCGUGCUAUUCUAUAUGCGACAGCAAACUAAGUUCAACAGGCUACAACUUUAGAUGAUGAAACAAUCCAACAGAUCGAUGUCAUAUUAUAUUGAAAUUAAAUCAGAGCAGGCGUCUCAAACCCAAAUUAUCCGGGGGCGCAGGAGGUCGAGUCUGAGUGAGACUGGGCCUCAUUAAGUCUCCCACAAGAGAGAGAUCACAGAUUCAGUAAUGUUCAACUGAUUUGAUUUAUAGAUAUACAAUAUUUGAAGCGUGUUUCCUCAAAAGUGCCAUUUGGCCAUGCUUGUCUCAAAAAACGCUAUAAAAUAAAAAUGUUAACCCGAUUUCCAAACGUUUUUUCCCAUUAUAAUUAACGUCCGAAAAUACACAAAUAUAUUUUUUUUUUAAAACUUGGACUGGUGGAUGAGAUUCGACUGAAACCGUAGUGACGGGUCACAUUAUAGAUAUAAGAUUUGUGAAAACGCACGGGUGGCAUUAACACUAAACUUUACAGUGAGGUAUCGGGCUGCAAAAUAUCAUCUUGUGAGCCUCAAAUGGCCCGCGGACCGCGAGUUUGAGACCCCUGACUUAAAGUGAAACAGUGAUGAUCUUUUAGUGGUUCCAUAAUUUUAUAAAUAACUGUAAAUGGGACAGACUUUUUGUAAUAUGGCUUAGAGAUAUUUAGCAACAAUUACAGGCAUAGCCCUAAUGUCAUCCUCGAACGUUACGUAUAACGUUAAAACUAGAAAUACAAAUUAUACGGUUGGCAUUGAAUGUGUAGUAAGUAGUAAGCUUACACGACGAUUCGAAAUUUAGAUGCAUAUUGUUAAGGUCUACGUUUAUAAAAGAUAUAAUAUUGUUAUUAUUACUUAUAUGAGUGGUUUUAUGUAGUGUGGUACCCCAGGCUAGGGUUUGACUCACCACGCUGUACAUAAAAUUUAACAAACAUAAAUUAUUUUUUUUUAAAACUUACAUUCACUGCACUCAUUCCAUAACUCUUUGCAUGUCAAACACAGUCAUACGUACUUUUAUUCUUGUAUUUUAACCUACAUGUAAUUACAUUUUUUUCUGGCAUGAUUUAAAAAAAAAAUGUUUUCUAUUUCAUACACAUUGAUGGUAUUUUACAAAAUUAGUUGUUUUAUGAAGUUUUUUAUUCUUAUAAUUGUUUCGUUGUUAGGAAAAAACUUUAUUAAAUUUAAUUACUCUUUUGAUAAUGGAAAUAUUUUGUCAUUUCAUGCUGGUGUGGAAAUAAAGAUCUUUUGACAUCAGUGUCUAGCACUUUGAACUCAGAAGCUCCAACAACACAAUCCACUUUGAAGGAGGAAAGUGCAACUAACACUGGACAGGUUCACAUUUCAAUGGCCCCCAUUCUUACUUCAUUUAUGUUAUGCUUUGUCAUAUUUUAUAUUUUAGUAUGAUCACAUGACGUGUGUUUCUCAUCAUUUAUAAAUUAUGAGUAGGCUAAUGCUGGAAUUGUAAGCAUGUCUUUUAAAAGUGCGACCUAAUCGUACAGUAAAAAGUAAAGAAAGUAAUGUACAUAAAUAAUAAAUUACUGUUUAACAAUGUGGUUAGGGAAAAAUUAAUCAAAAAUAAUUAUGUGAGAUCAUUGUAAGACGUUUACUUUCAUUUUUGAUUAGUCUGUCCUUUUUUUAUAUAAGUUUACAGUCUCAAAAAUUAGGUUAGGUAUGUGUUCUCAUUCCAAACGGUAUUUAAUUACAUAACAGUCACAACUUUUCCUUUGGGGCUUAAGGGUAGUAUAAGAUGGUGUGUUAUAACGUUUUGAGAUGUGUAAUGAAAUGCAGAUAAAAAAUUUUGGGAUUACAUAAUUGAUACCUAUUAAAAUUACUUGCUUUUUCAAUUUUAAAAAAAACACCUUUUUUGUAUGAAAUAUAAUUCUUAAACGACACUGUGUCAGUAAUGUCUUGAGAGAUUUUCAGAUAACCGACACGAUUACACAUGAUUCAUAUUAAAUGUAUGAAAGAAAACUUUCCAUGACCAAGAAAUAAAAGUGUUCUUUGUCAUGUGACUUCAAUUCUCUAUAUCCAUGAUAAUGAGCUAUGAUAUCCAUUUAACGCUAAGAAACCAAAUUAAUU